GAAAUUGGCUUUCGUGCUUCGGUGGCCAGAAGAGUUCCAAAUGCACAUAACCUGGAUCAUAAAAAGGAAAUACAGCAGUGGAGGAAAUCUUUCUUGUGCAGCCUACUGUUUGGUAUCCCUGUCUUAAUCCUAAUGAUUUAUAUGCUAAUACCCAAUGGUGGGCACCACGGGUCUAUGGUGCUGGAACAGAACCUCAUUCCUGGAUUAUCCAUUUUAAAUCUUCUCUUCUUUGUCCUGUGCACUUUUGUUCAGUUUCUGGGUGGAUGGUAUUUUUAUGUACAAGCUUACAAAUCGCUGAAGCACAAGACGGCCAACAUGGAUGUGCUCAUCGUCCUGGCCACGACGAUCGCUUAUGUGUAUUCCUGUGUGAUCCUGUUGGUAGCGAUAAUUGAAAAGGCAGAGAAAAGCCCCGUCACUUUCUUUGACACUCCUCCGAUGCUGUUCGUGUUCAUUGCCCUUGGGAGGUGGCUGGAACACAUAGCAAAGAGUAAGACGUCCGAAGCUCUUGCUAAACUUAUAUCUCUUCAAGCCACAGAAGCCACUGUGGUGACUCUUGGACCUGACCACUCUAUCAUCAGAGAGGAGCAGGUAGCUGUUGAAUUGGUUCAAAGGGGUGAUAUUGUAAAGGUUGUUCCUGGUGGAAAGUUCCCAGUGGAUGGGAAGGUCAUCGAAGGCAGUUCUAUGGCAGAUGAGUCUCUCAUUACUGGGGAAGCUAUGCCAGUCACUAAAAAACCUGGGAGCACAGUGAUUGCUGGUUCUAUAAAUGCACAUGGCUCAGUUCUGGUUAAUGCAACUCAUGUUGGUAAUGAUACCACUCUGGCACAAAUUGUGAAAUUGGUGGAGGAAGCUCAAAUGUCAAAGGCACCUAUCCAGCAACUGGCAGAUAAGUUUAGUGGAUACUUUGUUCCAUUUAUCAUCAUCAUUUCAACAGUGACGUUGGUAGUAUGGAUCACAAUUGGUUUUAUAGAUUUUGAUGUUAUUCAGAAAUAUUUUCCUAAUCACACCAAGCACGUUUCAAAAGCUGAAUUAAUACUGAGGUUUGCAUUUCAAACCUCAAUCACUGUUCUGAGCAUCGCAUGCCCCUGUUCUUUAGGCUUGGCUACUCCCACAGCUGUGAUGGUGGGCACAGGAGUUGCUGCCCAGAAUGGUAUUCUUAUCAAAGGUGGAAAACCCCUGGAAAUGGCACACAAGAUCAAGACUGUGAUGUUUGAUAAAACUGGUACCAUCACCUGUGGAGCUCCUAAAGUCAUGAGGGUGCUUUUGCUGGGGGACACAGCUGUGCUCUCUCUGAAGAAGGUCCUGGUGGUGGUUGGCACAGCAGAAGCCAGCAGCGAGCAUCCUUUAGCAGUGGCAGUCACUAAAUAUUGCAAAGAGGAACUUGGCACUCAGAGUCUGGGAUACUGCACUGACUUCCAGGCAGUCCCAGGCUGUGGCAUCAGCUGCAAAGUUGGAGGUGUUGAGGCCAUCCUGGACACAGACGAGGAGGAUCUCGAUAAGCUGGAUGCUAACAGGAGCGGGGAAGGCACUGCUCCUCUGGGAGAUAAUGCGCUGAUCACGCUCCCAGAAUCACAGGGUUCGUCACCUUCUCACACAUACUCGGUGUUGAUUGGAAAUCGUGAGUGGAUGCGACGCAAUGGCUUGCAUAUUGCAAAUGAUGUAAAUGAUGCGAUGACAGACCAUGAAAUGAAGGGACAGACAGCCAUACUAGUGGCUAUAGAUGGUAUGUUGUGUGGGAUGAUUGCAAUAGCAGACACUGUCAAGCAGGAGGCAGCCCUUGCUGUGCACACGCUGAAAAACAUGGGAAUAGAUGUGGUGCUGAUAACGGGGGACAACAGAAAAACAGCAAAAGCCAUCGCUACUCAGGUUGGGAUCAAAAAAGUCUUUGCUGAGGUUCUUCCUUCUCACAAGGUUGCAAAGGUCCAGGAGCUCCAAAAUGGGAGGAGGAAAGUUGCAAUGGUUGGCGACGGAGUCAAUGAUUCACCUGCACUAGCCAGGGCUGACGUUGGAAUUGCAAUUGGAACGGGCACUGAUGUUGCCAUUGAAGCAGCAGAUGUUGUUCUUAUCCGAAAUGACUUGCUGGACGUCGUUGCCAGUAUUCACUUAUCAAAGAGAACAGUUCGAAGAAUACGAAUAAAUCUGAUUCUUGCCUUAAUUUAUAAUCUUCUUGGAAUACCCAUAGCUGCAGGUGUGUUCAUGCCGGUUGGCCUCGUGCUCCAGCCUUGGAUGGGAUCAGCUGCAAUGGCAGCUUCUUCUGUGUCUGUCGUGCUGUCUUCCCUGCAGCUGAAAUGUUAUAAGAAGCCAGAUACAGAAACUUAUGAAGCACAAGCUCAAGGCCGCAUGAAGCCACUUACUCCUUCCCAAAUCAGUGUUCAUAUUGGAAUGGAUGAUAUGAGGAGGGAUUCAUCCAGACCCGCUCCUUGGGAUCAAAUUAGCCAAGUGUCUCUCUCUUCCUUGAGUUCAGACAAGCUGCCAAGACGUAACGGUUUUGUCAAGGAGGAAGGGGACAAGUGGUCAUUGCUCAUGAAUGGAGGAGAUGAAGAACAGUACAUUUGAAGCACUGUAUUUUCAGUAGAGGAGGAAACGUUCCUCCUCACCAGUGAUGGGAGGGACCAGCUUAUUUCAUCAAGAGCUCCAAGG